GAUUAUUGUGGUUGCCUGUCCACCGCCCCUCCUUCGCUCUUUUUUGUGUUUGUUUCCCUCGCCUCCAUGACAUUUGUUGCUUUUAUCUUCCUGUACAACAAUUACCCUAAACUUUAUCAGCGGCAAAUAUGAUCUCAGGUGACUCAGAGACCCCUUUCUGGGGCCCGAUUACUGCAAAUUCCAACUUUUGCGAGGAGGUAGCCAUGGAGCACAGCACUUGUAUAUCAAUUUCUAUCGCACAGCUGAUUGUUUUCUUGAUGGCUUAGGACUACAUGGUUACCAGAUACGCUGCGGAGUUCAUCAACACCUUGACCAACGUAGUAUACAUAAUCUACGCCAUCUAUGGGUUCUAUCAGCUGCGGCAGAAACUAAAUGCUGGUUUUCUUCGCGCCGUACCCUACUUCGGUUUAAUGGCAGUGGGGAUUUGUUCGGCUCUAUUCCACAUCAGCCUCAAGUACCACACCCAGAUGUUGGACGACCUCUCCAUGAUGUUCACAACAACCCCCGUGCUCCACCGCGUCAUGACCGCCAAUGCUAGCCCAAGGGUCACGAUCAUUGUGGGCAUGGUCCUGGGGUCAACCCUUCUCGCCCUAGUAAUUUACCACGUAAAGACAGAUGAGCUACUUCUACACUCUCUGUUCUUCGUUGGCUCCGUAACCGCCAUCGGGAUUUAUACCAUGCGAAUGAUCAACACUCGCACACGGGCGGGCUCUGAGGCUCGAAGGCAGAUCUGGGGCAUGGUUCGAUUUGCCGCUGUUAUAUUCAACCUGGGUUACUGGCUCUGGCUGGUUGAUGGGUGGAUGUGCUCGUACCUGAAGAGCAUCAGGCAGACGGUGGGUCUUCCCUGGGCCUUCUUAUUAGAGCUUCAUGGGUGGUGGCACAUAUGCACGGGAGUUGGCGCCUAUAUCUUCAUCGCGGUGAUUGAUCAUCUUGUAUCAGGGGACGAUCACAGAGAUAUCCCCGGAUCCCUGGCCUGGCCUGCACCGUGGGCCGCUCGGUCGGUCUUCGCGGGAAAAGGAUCGGAUAAGAAACAGGCAUGAGCAUAUAACUAUAGACCACUAGCCGCAGCGAGCGUAGGGUAUUUCCUUGUCUCUCUGUUCUCCGUCAGGCUAUGUGCAUUGAUCAUUGUUGGGACAGCUUAAUGGUAUAUUUAGAGACAUGCCAGGAUACACCUUCAAGGGACAUAUACCUCAAGAAGUAUCUAGUCGAUUAGCGCUGAGUCCGUACCUCUCUCAUUUAGUGC